CUAAGCGCACUAUAAAGAGGGCUGCAAAAUUAUUGUUAACUAUUGCAAAUUUACUGUUACUUCUUCUUCUUCUUUACUAUUACUAUAACUAUAACUAUUACCAUCACUUCAAGUCUCUUUGCUUUCAAUUGUUAUUGUUAUUGUAAUUGUAAGUGUCUAGCUAAUACAGUAUGGCUCAUAUCUUACAAGCAUCUGCUGUUCACACUUUAACCGCUGGUCUUACCGCUGGUUCUUAUGUAUUAGAUAAGUUAUAUUUAAGUGAUAUAUUAGAUUUACAAAUCUCCGCUGCUUCUGUUAUCCCCCUUACCACAUAUCCAACUCAAUACUUUGUUCGUCAAAAUAGAAAGGAUAAACAACGUCAUAUUCGAGUAUUUGAUGGAAAUGGUAAUCAAAUAUAUUCAUUUGAAAGAUUAUCUUCAAUGAAUCCUGUUUGGACUAUGUUAACUUAUCCUCAAAGAUUAGAAGUUGCAACAUUAUUUAUUGGAUUUACUUCUAGAUCAAUUGAUUUCCAUAAUAAAGUUGGAUUAACUCAUAGAGAUAUAGUUACAGAUAUUAGUUUAAAGGGAGCCUUUAGAAGCUUUUACCUUAAUGAUGGAGCUAAACAUUCAUGGACAACUGGUUCAAAAUGUUUAGAAAAAGUUAUUAAUCCUAAUGGAGGAAUUGAAGAAACCAGAGAACGAGUUGCCAAAGUUAAACUUAUGAGACAAUUUAAAUUAGAUUUUGAAGUCUUAGUAGAUGAAGAUAAAGUUGAUAAUGAGAUUGCUUUGGCUACGGCUUUUACAUCCAUGAUAACUCAAUGGGGUUAUGGAGAAGUUACUGGAACUAUUGGUCCUACAUUCAUUCCUCAGAGAACUUUACCAUCACCAUUACCAUCAUCACCACAAGGUAAUACUGAUGAAGAUCAUAAGAUUGUGCUUGUAAUUGAGAAUGGAGCUGGAGCUGAGGUUGAAGUUGAAGCUGAAGUCAGUAAUGAAACUGAUUAACUAAUUGUGUAGAAAGGAGGUAUGGUUCCCUUACAACCACUACCACCAGAUUUUAUUGAAUAAUUAUAAUU